AGACCAGCUUGUGGGUCCCGGUCCUGACGCUUCCGCCCGGUCUUGGGGCACGCCGGGGCGGGCCUUGAGAAACACGCCCGCGAGCCCGAAGCGCAGGAGCUCGGCUUCCCUGGGCUCUGUGGCUGACAGUGUGACCUUGGGUCUCGGCCAUGUACUCCUCUGGAGAAAGGAGGCAGGAAGCAGCAGGGCCCAGGGGCAGAAGGGCUCACAGACCCCGGGAACAGCAGGACAUGGUCAUCAUGGAGAUCAGGGCCAUCUCUGGGCUUUUUCAGGACCGAGAUGUUCAGCUAUCCAAGGCUCUGUCCUAUGCCCUGCGACAUGGGGCCUUGAAGCUGGGACUUCCUAUGGGGGCCGAUGGCUUCGUGCCUGUGGAUGCCCUCCUGCAGCUGCCCCAGUUCCGCAGCUUCUCAGCUGAAGAUGUGCAGCGCGUGGUGGACACCAAUGGGAAGCAGCGGUUUGCCCUGCAGCCGGGGGAUCCCAGUACAGGCCCUCUCAUCCGGGCCAAUCAGGGACACUCUCUGCAGGUACCUGAGUUGGAGCUGAUUCCCCUGGAGACGCCGCAGGCCCUGCCCCUGAUGCUAGUCCAUGGUACAUUUUGGAAGCACUGGCCAUCCAUCCUGCUAAGGGGCCUGUCCUGCCGGGGAAGGAUGCACAUCCACCUGGCCCCAGGACUGCCUGGGGACCCUGGUGUCAUAAGUGGCAUACGACCAAACUGUGAAAUAGCUGUGUUCAUCAAUGGACCCCUGGCCCUGGCAGAUGGAAUACCCUUCUUCUGCUCUGCCAAUGGGGUGAUCCUGACUCCAGGGAAUGCUGAUGGCUUCCUGCUUCCCAAGUACUUCAAAGAGGCCCUGCAGCUCUGCCCCACCCGAAAGCCCCUCUCCUUGGCUGGUGAUAAAGAGACAGAGGGUCAGAGUGGCCCCAAGCACAGCCCCAGAGGAAAGAGGAUGAUCCAACAAUAAAAUAUUAAUUUAUAAAAAAGAAAUUUUAAAAAGUAACAAGAAAGAAACUCGUUUGAAACCAUGAUUCAUCAUC